CAACUCUUUCCUUACGCUUGUACUGCAGAAGCAGCGGCACGAGCAGCACGGCAGGCUCAGGCGGAGGACCUGGAGAAAGUGGAUAUUGAACAUGUGGAGAAAGUGCUGCCACAGCUGCUUCUAGAUUUCUAGAGGCCUCAUGAAGCACACGUGGCCUGCCAGCAGAAGAUCCUGACCUGACAGUGAACAUCUGGCUCAUCCUCAGUCUAGCUCUAGGAAGAACAGUCUCAACUUCUUCUUUCUCUGCCAUUUUGCUUCUGUUUCCCCUCUCCUUUACCGAGCGUGACAAAGCCCUAGGCAACUAUGCUGUCAGAUGCUAUUUUUGAAAAGAGGCUGCCACACGCUUGUUUUGGUCGGCUAUGUGUGUAACUCGUUUCUAUCGUGCUGCCUUACUCCUUUCACAGUAGCCUGUAUUUCACAGCACGGCAAGAUGCUGUUGCUUUCUCAGCUAAUGUGAGAAACAGGUGCUGCUUCACAGAGAUGCAUGGAAAGACUUAAUGGCUGGAAAUGUCGUCCAAACAUCAGGCUCUCAUCGCCUCAGCAGGCAGCUGUGGCAGAAUCUUUAGGUCCAGCUCCAAGCCUGCCUAAUGAAUAGGUUGUUAACAGGAGCUCAGUCACAGGCUCUUGCCAAAAGCAGGUAACUGAUCUUUAUUUUAUAAAUAAACAGUGUCUGUCCCUCACUACCUUCCAGUAUUUCUCCAGGGCUGUGACAUCAAAGAAUGCUUGGAACCUUUUAACCAUUUGAUAUUCUCCUCAGAAGCUGCUUCCCCUCUGCUAUAAAUUUGUUCUCACAAAGAAACAUCAAUAAAUUAAAACCAAGUCACC